CGUGUGAAGGCCGAGCAAGCAUGGAUUUGCUUCCAGGAUCUCGGCUGCUCCCGUUCGCCUACUCGCCAUCAUACCAUGAGAUCGAUGGUAUCAUGCUGAGAUGCUCUUGUCACGAGUGAACAUGUCUAACCGCCAUUCAAUACAAUCCACACUAUGGCCUACGAACCGAUAACCCUCGUCGGCUUCACCACGUCAGUCCUCGCCAUCAUCUCGUGCGUUUUCACUCUCAUUACCCUGUCCCGCGAGUGGCGACGUCGCACCGAGUUCGCCAGGGACGUAAUUGACGUUCAUCGCCGGGAAAUUGGCGUUUUGGGACAUAUCUUGGAGGACUCGAGGUCCACCAUCUCCGCCACGGCUGCUGUCCCGGAGGCUGUCUUGGAGGCACUACGGAUGUGCGAGCAGCGCCAGGCCGGGUUGCAAAAGUUGCUGACGCUCUCGGCCCUGGAGCAAGGGAAUUCUUCAAAUUGGCUGUCGAUAAACCUCCGCUUGCCGCUGUUGGAGAAGGAUUUGAAGAGGCGGUAUAAGAUGUUCAGGGAUGAUAUUCUCCUGUUGAGGACACUUUGUUCCGAGUAUGUCACUGUGUAUGAGACUGCGCGCCGUGUGAUGUUUCGGAGCAUUGACAGCUAUUGCAGGCUUCGGUCAGAGAGGCAGCACUUGGAGUUGACGUAAGUAGCACUCUGUACUGUACGGUACACAAAUGGGGAAUGCGUGUUGGCAGUUGCUCACACAGUGGCAGACGGGACAUAACACGACUUGUCCUGGACUACAUUGGGGAUAUUGAGCAACGGACUCCCGGGACGCCCUCUACUAUCUCCCAAGGUACGAGCGGGAGUGAAUUCGUCCUGCCAGCUCUGGAUCUCAGGAUGCG